UAAUGUCGUUGUGAAUCGCGACUGAACAGCGGUCUUUAUUGUGUAUUUAUCACGCUGUAAACAUGGCUUCAGUGUCUCUAUUAUUGCGGACUUGUGGUUUAUUAAUAUAUUUAAUUACUAACGUGAACAGUGCCGUUAAUAAUCGUAUCGAACAAUGGAUAUUUUCAAUGAAAAUUGAUAGUAUAAACUGUGACGAAAAAAUAUGUAAAUAUUUAUUAAAUGUGCGCGGUGGUGAAUUUAUUGGACAUUAUUCAUGGAGGUUGACCUCUGUGGAGGGUGCUAGGGGUGGUAGCUGUGACGUCAUCCAUCCCAAUUACGAAUUAAGGGCAGUUGAAGUAACGCAAUUUUAUUCAAAACUAAACAUUAGUGUGCCCCUGUUUAAUGGUAAAAUAUACUUUUGUUUAUUUAAUAAUGAAGGGCGGAACAACCCCUUUGGCGGCCAGUGGGUGCAUCAAGGCUCCGAAUAUUAUUUGCAGCCGAAAAACGAUUCACUUUCGGAGGAGAAUAAUCGAUCGCAAAAGCCGAGGUCUCUCAACGAACUCCAGGAAAACGAAGUUAACUGGAUCGACCUCUCCCACGACAUCGACGUGAAUUAUCUUCCCAGAGCCAGACCUACUCGUAAUGAUAAUCCAGAUGUAGAAAUAUUGAGACACGAUGAUUAUAUAGCUCUGGAUGGAACCGAUAAAGUUUGGGAUGAAAAGAAUAAUUUGGGACGGUUUAAAAGAGCUGAUGGGAUUGCGGCGAAAGCUGCGGAGAGAAGAUCGACAGAUUUAGACAAUGUCGUGUUAAACAAAAACGCUUCUAAUGAUGAUGGCAGUAAAGAUGACACUCGAACAAGAGCUCAAGGAUCUGCGAGUGAAUUGUUCUCAGAGGAAUUGAUAAGAAAAUCUCGUCAAAUAGUAGAUUCGAAUGAUUUUACGAGUAUGCGAGCGGCCCCUAUCGAUAUUUUCAUCGAAGGAAUCAGGAUCGAAGAGUCCGAGAAAGAACCACAUGUUGAAGACGGAAUACCGAGUGUGCUGGCCGAUACUGCAGUUACGAUCAGGGUAUUCGGCGAUGGGUUAACUUCGAAAACUGCCAUCGCUUUCACACGACAAGACCUGCCGUACGGCCAACCCUGCAAGUUUCUACUCAUGGGAGAGUAUAUGGUAAAAGAAGGCAGCGUCACCACCAGAUCCGCGUUGUUCGAUGUAACAGCACCCCCCUCACAGGAGGGCUCUAAGAUCUACAUCUGCGCUAAGAAUCUUCAGGCAGGGGCUGAUCACCCGACCAAGGACAAGGAAAAUUACUAUCACCAGGGAACUGAAUCCUGGAAGGCGUUUGCUACCCACAACACCCUGCUGCCGCUCUGGGUGUCGCUGAGUUUGAUUCUGAUAUGCCUGACAUUCUCUGCGCUUUUCUCUGGGUUGAAUCUCGGACUGAUGUCAUUGGACCGGACCGAAUUGAAGAUCAUAGCCAAUACCGGUACGGAAACGGAGAGGAAAUACGCCAGAGCCAUCAUGCCCGUCCGGGAUCAUGGAAAUUACCUGCUGUGCAGCAUAUUGUUGGGGAAUGUGGCUGUGAAUUCGACUUUCACGAUUUUGUUGGAUGAACUGACUUCGGGCCUCUUUGCUGUUAUAUUCUCGACCCUGGCUAUCGUACUCCUGGGCGAGAUAACUCCCCAAGCCAUAUGUUCGAGACACGGUCUUAUGAUUGGUGCCAAGAGUAUCAUGAUUACGAAGGCGGUUAUGGCCCUGACGGCGCCGAUGGCGUAUCCUGUGAGUAAACUCCUGGACUAUUUCUUAGGCGAGGAGAUAGGCAGCGUUUACAACAGGGAACGUCUAAAGGAGCUUAUCAAGGUGACAACUGGGGACUUGGACAAGGACGAGGUGAACAUCAUAUCCGGCGCCCUCGAGAUGAGGAAGAAGACCGUGUCAGACGUCAUGACGAAGAUGGAGGACGUGUUCAUGUUGCCGAUAACAAGCGUCCUGGACUUCGAGACGAUGUCGGAAAUUGUAAAGUCGGGCUACUCCCGCAUCCCGGUGUACGAGGGUCACCGCGGGAACAUCGUGACGGUGCUCUUCAUCAAGGACCUCGCCUUCGUCGAUCCCGACGACAACACGCCCCUGAGGACCCUCUGCCAGUACUACCAGAACCCUUGCAACUUCGUCUUCGAAGACGUCACCUUGGAUGUCAUGUUCAAACAGUUCAAAGAAGGUCACAAAGGACACAUGGCGUUCGUCCAUCGCAUAAACAACGAGGGCGAGGGAGAUCCCUUCUACGAGACCAUAGGGCUGGUGACCCUGGAAGAUGUCAUCGAAGAGAUGAUACAAGCAGAAAUCGUCGAUGAGACUGAUGUGUUCAUGGACAACCGCAGCAAGCGACGCAGGAACCGCCCCUCGCACAAGCUCCAGGACUUCGCCGCGUUCGCGGAGAGGCACGAGAACCAGAGGAUCCACAUCUCGCCCCAGCUCACCCUGGCCACGUUCCAGUUCCUGAGCACGAGCGUAGACGCGUUCCGUCCGGACGUAGUUUCGGAGACGGUCCUGAGACGUCUCCUGAGGCAAGACGUCAUCCAGCACAUCAAACUUAAGGGGAAGACCAGACGGGAUUCGGCCACAUACGUUUACCAUCAGGGGAAACCGGUCGAUUACUUCGUUUUAAUCUUAGAAGGACGGGUCGAAGUUACCGUAGGACGGGAGAACUUGAUCUUUGAAGCUGGACCCUUCACAUACUUCGGUGUACAAGCCCUUACACAGAAUGUUGGAGUUGCCGAGUCUCCUACACCAUCAGCGAUGGGUUCCCUACAGAACAUCAAUAUGGACUCGAUGUUGCGACACACUUUUGUACCGGACUAUUCGGUUCGCGCUAUUUCUUCCGAACUUUUCUAUCUUACUGUGAAGCGCGCUCUGUACCUGGCUGCGAAAAGGGCGACCCUAAUGGAGAAAGGCGCCCUCUCCAAGGGCACGACCAACGAACAAUUCGACACUGAAGUCGACAAGUUACUCCAGUCUGUAGACGAGGACAUCAGCGUGAGCGGGGAGCACAGGACUCCAUCGAGACAGGUGUCGCCCAAUCCUCCACCAGUUUCGGCUUCGCCCCACGUUCGGGCAACUUUCGCGUCGCCCGACAACAAUGGCGACGUUUACACGACCCACAACCUGAAGGCUGACGAGGAGGAGAAACUUCUGAAGUGAGGCACGCCGCUGUCCGUGAACCGCAUCAGAACGACGCUAGUCUUGUAUUUUGUACUUAAGUCCGGCCAACGGAUACUAUGAUCUGAACGCUUUGAGUCCCUCAAAGUGUUAUUAGCAGUAUUUCUAUUUAUUGUUCCUAUUCGCAUAACAACAUCCAAUGGAUUGGUUAUUAUUCGCAUAACAAAAUCAUCCAAUUGAUUGGUAUUAUUC